GCCAACAGAAGAGCCAAAGUGUCACUUGGCAUUGUUUUGAUCCGGCCGAGUCCUCAAAAUAAACCACAUUUUCCCUCAUUUCCCGGCAAAUUGCCACAAAAUAACUGACAAGCGUGAGGAGGAAAAGAGUGAGUGUAAACAGUCAUCAUGGCGUCCACCACAGCGGAGUUGGCGGACUUGAUAAAACGCAAAGCGGAAAUCUCAGAGACGCUGGCCAACUUGGAGAGGCAGAUCUACGCCUUCGAGGGAUCAUAUCUGGAGGACACUCAGCUUUAUGGGAACAUCAUUAGAGGAUGGGACAGAUACUUGACGACAAAUAAGGCCACAAACUCCAAGGCGGACAAGAGGAAUCGCAAAUUCAAGGAGGCCGAGAGGCUCUUCUCCAAGUCUUCCAUCACUUCCAUGGCUGCUGUCAGCGGACUCGUGGACCCAAAUGACAGACACAGUGAGUCGGAAUCGGCCACAAAUAACGAGGACUCGAGUGACAAUCAGAUCUCAGGGGUGAACUCGAAUCACCACAACACCACUACCGCCCACGAUGGCCUGGCCAACAGUGGCAAGAGUCAGGGACUCGCUGGAGAUUUCAAUUCGCAGUCAGAACGACCUCACACUCCCACCACCUCCACGUCGAAAGACAGCGCAGGGGUGAAGCACAAACUGACGGGGGCGAGCAUGUCCAACAAGAAGAGCAGCUCCACCAAGAAAGCGCGCCAUCGGUAAUCUGUACAUAAAAAU